AGUGAGUGUGACCGAAGUGUUACCUGUUAAAGCGGCAGAGCAGGGCGGCGGCGGCGGCGGAACCGACAGGUGGUGAGGUGUCGUACUAAACAUGUUCCUCUACGGCCUGGUUUCGGUGGCUUUGUUCUUGUUUGCAGCCACAGGUGUAUGCAGCUUUUCAGUCACAACCAAUAAUGGCAACGUACAAGUGAAAGAGAACGAAGGUACUGAUCUUACAUGCUCUUACACCGGUGACUUUGGAUCAUCACCCAGGGUCGAGUGGAAGUUUGAGAAUUUAAAAGGCUCAGCAACGACUUUGGUGUUUUAUGAUGGGCGCCCCACAUCACACUAUGCUGACAGAGUAAACGUGUACGGUAGUAGCAAUUUGAGAUUCAGCAAAGUCACCCGGCAAGAUACUGGCACGUAUGUCUGUGAGGUGUCGUAUGCCAGCAAUUACGGGGAAGUCAAAGUGAAGCUGACAGUUCUGGUGCCUCCAUCACCACCCUCGUGUAAUAUUCCCACUUCAGUGUCCACAGGCUCUGAAGUAGUUCUGUCUUGUUAUGAUAAGGAUGGCUCACCACCGUGUACGUAUAUGUGGUACAAAGACGGCACCCUUCUGCCUCAAGAUCCCUCCAAGCAUGCUGAAUUCAUAAAUGCCACGUACAAGCUGAAUGCUGAAAAAGGCACACUGACAUUUCCCAUUGUGACUCAGAAGGACAUUGGCAUGUAUUACUGUGAGGCUAGCAAUAGUGCUGGCCCUCCUCAAAGCUGCCAACCGAGGAAAAUGGAAGUCCGUGAUGUGAAUAAAGGCGGUAUUAUUGCUGCGGUAAUAAUAGUUCUCCUGUUAUUGGCUUUGCUGGGACUUGGCAUUUGGUAUGCCUACAAGAAAGGAUAUCUGCCCAAGAAGAGUGAAAGCAAACCAAAGCCCAAUGUGGUGUACCAGCCCACAUCAUUAUAUGGUGGGGGUGAUACAGAUGGUGAUUUCAAACAGAAGUCAUCAUUUGUGGUAUAGUCUGCAAGCCAGAUUUGUGACAGAGAGCCACUUUGUUUUUAAAUGUCUCUCAGCAUGACUAUUUUAUAUUUUUAUGUUUCCUUACAUUUUUGCAGUGAAUUCCCUCAGCACACACAUAUUCAGUUUGUAUCUAAGUGGCAGUUUUCAUUGAAUGUUUUUAUCAUGAAUUUAAUUAAACUUUGCUUUGAUGUCUUGGAGCUGUUUUAAAUCUCUAGUUAAAGGUAAGAUGAAAUUGUUUACUAUAAAUGACAAAUAAUGACAUCCUCUUUGGUAUGUAAUGCUUUUGAUCAUAGAACAAGUUAAUGAAGACUCAUUGUUCUGCUUUCUAUUUGUGUGUGUGUGUGUGUGUGUGUGUGUGUGUGUGUGUGUGUACUAUCUGUCUGUGACUUACAGCAGAUCUAAAUUAUUUUUGGUCAAGACAGAUCUACUACGUAUGGUCAUAUUUAUGUGUGACUAAUCAUUCGGUCUGUUUAUUAAUAGUUGUCAUAUUUUUGGAUUGAGAGGACAUUUGUUUUCUGUUUGGUUUUUUAACUACAUUCAUGUCUAUAUUAAGUUGUUGUGUGUCUGUCUUUUGUCGUUGUAUCCUAUUUCUCUUAUUUGUAACAGACUUCUGAAAUUUGGAACGGUUUUAAAAUGGGUGGCAGUCGUCCUCAUGCCUGACU